UCCCAGGUGUAGGCCUAGCUUUUGCACAAGUGGUUUAUAUAGGCAAUGAGGGUCCACCCACUGGAGACUUGUAGUUUUCUUCUUUCUUGUUUUGCUUCUCAUUGCAGGCCGUUUUUAAGUCAAACUGGGAGGCGUUUCAUUGUAUGAUUGCCUUAUUGAGGCACAUCAGAUAUAUUCUGCUAGACACUUGAAGAUAAAGACAUGGGUCCUUGGAUGCAUUGUUGGACUUUGCUAUGUUCUUGCUUUUUUGCUUCACACACUACUCACUCGUUCGUCUUGACCCAAUCACCGGGACUCACACACGUCUCAGUCGGUGGUUCUGUAGAAUUAAGAUGUAUAUUUGAGCAGACCGUUAGGUACUGCUUUAAUGCUGCUGCGUGGGAAAAGUUGAAUCUACGGACUGGAAAACUCACGACAGUGAAUACUAACCAUGAGAAUAAAGUUCGACAACAUAAUGAUAAAACUUGCGUUUUGACUCUUAAAAACGUAACCAAGAAAGAUUCAGGCAUGUAUUAUUGCAUUGGCCAUUAUAACCAAAUGGCUAUGAUUGGCAAUGGGACCAGGGUGAUGGUAACAGAUCACUCUGAACCAGAACUCUCCAUCUUAUUCUCACCACAUGAACCGGACUCACCAUCGGUAUCGCUGCAGUGUCUCGUGACUGGACUUGUCCCGUCUCAGGUGCGUGUCUUCUGGAUGAUUGGAGAGAAUGUGCUUUCUGGAUGGACCGAGUCCGGCUGGACAGACGACACUGAUUCAGCCACAGAAUUCACACGGGCUCAUCUCUCUGUUCCUGCAGAGGACUGGAAUGAAGCUGAUCAAAUUCACUGCUUUGCUGAAUAUGAUGGCAAAAACAUCUCCAAAACUCUGAUGCGAUACAGACCCGAACCUGAAAUCUUCUCGUGGCUUGUGUACGCCAGCUGUGUGGCAGCGCUCCUUACCAUACUUCUAACCGUUAUUAUGUCUGUGGGAUUAUACCGAGAUAUGUUGAUGACCAAAAAAUCCAGACGGCUCACAAGAAAAGAUGCCCACCGCAAACCUUCAUAUGGCAACCAGAACACACUGAGAGAAGAGGGUUCAUCUGUUAUGUGUUUCUCUGGGGAUCCCAUCAGUCAGAGACAGGAUGUUGGUCCAUCAAAACAAUAAAGGUAAUGCAAAAGCAGAAUUAAAGGAAUUAUAUGAAACAGCAAAGUACACUUCCAAAGUAAUUAAACUUACAAGGUAACACUUGUAAGGAUCAUUCUCACAUGGACUUGAGAUUUUCUUUCCUCCUUUUUUCAGUGUGG